UCCCAGAGCUCUGCUGCAUGGGACCAACACGGGGCUGCCUCCCUGUCUAACACACUCUCUCAGCGCCACUAACUGGGGCCGAGAACCAAGGAGGGGAAAGAGAGAGCGGAAGAAAGGGAAGGAGGGAGGGAAAACCGAGAGAGAAGGAGAAAGAGCGAGAGACACGCCGCUGUUAGCUCAGACACGGGCUUAGACUUGAGGCAAAAGCUUGUUUUGUUUUUGUUUCGUUUUUUGGGGGCGCAUGCUUUUUUUGGUUUUUGCCUUCUACUUGUUGAUGACACAUGCUUGGCUAGCCCCGGUCUCCUCCUCCUGUCCUGGGAAGUGGCUGGAGAGAGAGAGAGAGAGAGAGAGAGAGAGAGAGAGAGAGAGAGAGAGAGAGAGAGAGAGAGAGAGCGGCCGUGCGUCCCUCACGCUGCGUGGUCCAGGUUGUUUUUGUUCCUUCGUAGUUCUUUUGCCGUUGUCGUGUUUUUUUUGGUCCGUUUUUGUUUUUUGGACCCCAUCUGAACGCUGGAACCGUACACAGACCGCCAUGACUCUCCUGGGUUCUGAACACUCCGUUCUCAUACGCAGCAAGUUCAGAUCAGUCCUGCAGCUCAGACUCCAGCAGAGACGGACGAGAGAGCAGCUCGCCGGACAGGGCCUCAUGCCUCUGAACCAUGGUAAGUUUCCGAAGCGGGAUGACUCCUAUGCCUUUGAGGAGGACAGCAGCAGUGACAGCCUGUCGCCGGAGCAACCCCACAGUGACGAGUCCCAGGGCUCUGUGUGCCCCUCCUCCGAGACCAUGGGCACCCCCCCAUCCUCCUCCUCCUCACCCGCCCUCACCAGCCCGCGCCAGGGAUGUCAACCUAGGGACCCCCCUGAGCAGGGCCAGGAGGAGGGGCUUCCAGCGGGGGGCGUCAACAAUGGGAUGACUCCGCCCACCCCUGCUAUCGUCAAGUCCAAGACGACCUCCGACAAGAACCGCAGCAAGAAACCCAAAGAGGUGAAGCCCAAGGUGAAGAAGCUCAAGUACCACCAGUACAUCCCUCCGGACCAGAAGCCGGAGAAGUCUCCGCCCCCCAUGGACUCUGCCUACGCCCGCCUGCUCCAGCAGCAGCAGCUGUUCCUCCAGCUGCAGAUCCUCAGCCAGCAGAAACACGCUCACACCACACACUCCCCUCACCACACACACUCUCCGCACGCGCACCCCGCCGUGCACACGCACUCCGCCCACACGCACGCCUCGCACACGCACUCCCAGCACGCACACACCCAACGCCAACCCAGUUUUAGCUACCAGCCCUCCCACCCCUCCGGCCCAGGCUCAGAAGUGAGUUGGAGAGUUUGUGAUCAGCUGCCAGCCUGCAGCUCCAGUGUGUUGAGCAACACAGGGGGCAGCUCCUCCUCCUCUCCCCCAGUGAAGAGCUCCUAUCCUGGGCACGCCAGCCAGGUCUCCCCUGUCAAGCCCGGGCCUCUGCCUGCUACUGACGACCUGAAGGUAUCAGAACUCAGACAGCAGCUGCGCGUCCGAGGCAUGCCCGUCUCCGGCACCAAGACCGCCCUGAUCGAGCGGCUCCGCCCCUUCAAGGACCCGGCCGCCAGCCCCUCCACGGCGGGCGCCGGCGACGUCACCACGGGGACCUUCCCCGUGACCCCCACAGGCUCCCUGUCCUCCUACCAGUCGCCCUCCUCCUCCUCCCUCUCCCAGGGGGGCUACUACCCCUACCCCAGCACCUCCUCCACCCCGCCCGUCUCCCCCGCCUCCUCCGACCUCUCCCUCAGCGGCUCUCUCCCGGACAGCUUCAGCGACGUCCCCAUGUCCUCCCCCCCCCCAGUUCCACCUCCAGACGUCCCCCGCCGGAGCCGAGGAGGUCCCGGGGGGCCGUGGGGGCCCGAGGGAGGGGAGGGCGGCGGGGGGAUGGAGGGAUUGCGGGGGGGGCAGGGCGGAGGGGCGGAGGGCCUGGAGGCGGAGAAGGACAAGAUGCUGGUGGAGAAGCAGAAGGUGAUCGAGGAGCACUGGAAGCUGCACCAGGAGCAGAGACAGGUGGAAGAGCUGAAGAUGCAGCUCCACAAGAGGAAGCGUUGCUACGCCGCCACCCAGGAGGGUCUCCCGGCAACGGCCCCGCCCCAUCACCCCUCCAUGCACCUCCAGCCGCCCCAGGGUAUGAUGGGACAAAACUUCUUUGGUGUGACGGUCAAACAGGAGCCCAUGUCCCUCUCCCCGAGCUGCCCCAUGUCCUCCACCAAGCACCUCAAGACCCCCCCAGAGAACUGCAUGGAGGGCCUCGGCCACUGCGGAGCCUCCCUCCCCAGCAUGGGAGGCCCUACUGGGGGGGCGCGGUGCCUGGACAGGGCCCCCUCCUCUGGAAGUCCCUCCACCAUGUCAGCCUUCCUCAGCCCCCAGUGCUCGCCUCAAGACUCCCCCAUUGGCAAGAGCUCCGGCAGCCCCCAGCCCGCGUCCCCCAGCCACCCCUACCUCCUGUCACCUCCGCUGGGCAGGAACGGCUGCAGCCACCCCCUCCCCCAGGUGGGCACCAGGCCCAGGAACAUGCAGAUUCAGCAGAAGGGUGGUGCUCAUCAGGUGAACUGCUCCUACCUGUCCGACCAGCGAGGUCUCCAGUCUGUGUUCCCCAACACAGCUGACGCUGGCCUCAUCCACAGAGGGCAAGCCAAGGCCAAGAACACGGCCAUGCAGAAGAUGACAAUAUUGCCCUCUCCUUGGUGUGUUGGCCAAAAGUGCCUGGGGUCCCCUACCUUCUGUAGCUCAGAUGCUGCUGCAUCCACCCUCACACAUCCCCCAUGCUAUGAGGAUGCAGUCAAGCAGCAGCUGAGCCGGAGCCAACAGAUGGACGAGCUUCUGGAUGUGCUCAUAGAGAGCGGAGAGAUGCCAGCUAACGCCAGAGAGGAGCGGUCCUGUGUAACCAAAGUUGUGCCUCACAUUACUGUGUCCCCAGGGAGCACCGGCCUCAUCCUUCCAAAGUUCCACCGCCUCUACGACCACCAGUCCCCCUCGCACCUCCCUUACGACCACACGUCCGCUCACAUCGCAGACAGCCACCUGGAGACCCUGCUCAGCAGCCCCAUUGGCCGGGGCGGCGAGGUCGCCCUUCUCAAGAUGGCCGCUCAGGAGGCCGGGCAGGAAGAGGAAGUGAACGGCGGAGGGGAUGGGUACCCCAGCCCCCACCACCACCAUCACCCCAACAGCCACGCCCAUCAGGACAAGCUGAUGGACGCGCCCACGCCGCUGUCCCCCAUCAUCUCCAAGGUGACCCCGGUCACCGAGGCGCAAGGCAUGGUGGGAAUGACCUUUGCCGAGUCGCCGUGGGAGACCAUGGAGUGGCUGGACCUGACGCCACCUAGCUCAGCGACGGCAUUCAGCGUAGCUCCGCCCAACGGCCCCAGCAUCUUCAACACGGAGUUCCUGGAUGUGACAGACAUCAACUUGAACUCAGCCAUGGACCUGCACCUGGAGCACUGGUGAAUGACUGGCUCACCACCUGCUAGCGACUGGACAAGCAAGGCAGAGACUGCAGUAUGGUAUCUAGUGAUUAGCUAGCGAGUAGACAGCUAACUAGCUGCCAGAGACAACAGGACACAACGUAGCUAGCUAGUGAGUAGACAGCUAACUUAACAGUUUACUAGCUCCCAGUCAGAGACAGCAAGACAUGGCAUAGCUAGCUAGCUUGUAAGAUAGCCAACUAGCCAGCAACCAUAGACUGGUGAGCAACAGACAAUUUAAAAAUAUUCAGAGAACACAAUGCAGUACAUCAGCACCAGGUGUCAUUUAGUCUGGAUGACUUUUGUUGUAAUAUAAUAUGGCAUAAUGUUAGACCAGUGGUAUACCAAUGUUGUGACAGUUAUGCCAAUGAAUGUUGUGACCAUGUUGUUACAGUGUACUAAUGUUGGGAGGAUAUUGUUAUAACGUUAUAGUAAGGCUGUAACACUGUUAUGACAGUGUACUAAUGUUGCGUCAAUCUUAUGAAGCUGUUAUGACAGUAAUUAUGCAAUCAUUUACCAAUGAACAACAGCAGGAUCAAGAGAGCCAUACUGUUAAAGGGCUAAACGACACCUUAGAAUCAUCAACAUUCAGACAGAAACAAUCAUUUGUCAAUUUAGGUAAUUUUCAUAGAUAAUAGGGUUUGGUCAUUUUCCUAGAUAAUAGGGUUUCAUCGUGUCAGUCCUACUGUGCACACCAUCCAGUCACCUGGUUAAUUUUCACAUGAUCUUUGUCCUUUUGGAUAAUGACAAGCAAAACUAACCAUGCAGUAUGAGUCUGGAACCUUUAAUGAAGGAUGCUCUAUGAAGGUCUGGACAACAAUUACUGUCAAAUGGAAUGUCUCUCUUCAAGGAUUUUAUGCAAUUUUAAGUGUUAGGCUAUCUAGACUUGAACUCCUAUUUUGACAAUCAAUGUAUUGUUUUGGUUGGUGGGUAUAUGUUUGUAUUACUGGAAACAAACAAAUGGAAUUACAAACAGGAUCGGAUACCAGAGAGUGGUCAUAUGUAAAUAUCAUAUUUCUACUGACAGAGACAAGUUUGAAGUCUGCAUAUUAUGUCAGUGGUUUGGGAGAUUACAUAAGAACGGAGACCAUGCGAUCCAAUGUAUUGAGUAGUGUAUGGGUUUCUUUGUAAAUACAGAAAGUCUCACUUUGCACCUCUAGUGUAGUGCACAUUGUCACGUUUGCUUGUGCCUAGGUUAUAUAUGCAAGGAAGACAUUUCAUUUGUCAUUCUGCUCAAGUGUUUCUAUGCGUUUCUUCUCACUAUUAUCCAGCACAUGUAUUUACUGAAUAGUUACACAAAGGUAGAAAUAUAUUUUUAUCUGAAGGAAAAAAAAGUAUUUUGUCUUACCACAGUUUUAUAAGUUAUGAGACUGGUAGAAGGUAUUCAUCCUUUAACUGUAUGAAAUAACUCUAUGUCAAGUUUGUGCCUUAACGUCUCAACAAGAGAGCUCUGCUUGGGAUUUGUUUUCUAUUGUUUUGCCAGCUCUCAAAAUUGAGUUGUAUUACCUAUUCCCCUUAAAAACAAGAGCUUGUGUCAGUCACAUAGAAGGUCCUUGUGGAUGACAUGGCUGUAGGAAGCAACCCCGGUGCCUUACUGGGAACAGUCUACCUGUCUUCAGUUAGGUCUGUUCACUCUGAAGACCUAAGAUCACGCCUUUAAGAUCACAUCUUUAAGAUCUUGCCUUUAAGAUCCUGCCUUUAAGAUCACACAAGGACAGAAGUGGCGAGUCAGGACAAGCAUAGACCUAAAUUUCAUCUCGAGUAUUUGUGAACGUAAUCUAUUUUAAUAUCAAAAUGUUUUUUUAUUUGAUUUUGAAAUUUUCACCCAUUCUUGAUAUAUUGGAUAAUAUCACUUUUAUAGUUAUUUAUUUUUGCAUUUUUUAUUUAUACAUUCUUACAUAUUUAUAAUGACAUUCCUUAUUGACAAAAUGGGAUUCUAUAUUUGCCUUAAAAACUCCAAUGCUGCCAUUCAGAUCCAGCGUUUUACUAAUAAAAUGUAUGAAAAUCUGCCUCUAAAUGUGAUUAAAAGUGAAGCAACACUUCACAUAAAACUGUUUCCACAAUUUUCCAUGUAGAACAAUAGAAGAAUAGAAUAUCCAUUCUUACCAGCACUUGUGAAUAUCAAAAUGUAAUAUAUACAGAGCUUUGAUUGUCCUUACUGUGAAUACUGCACAGAAAACAACAAAAAUGUAUUUUAUCUAUCAGUGUUUUAAAAGAUUGUGCCAUUUAGAAGAGACCUAAUCACCUUUUAAAAGUUGUGGUUUAACUGAGAACUAUUCCACUUUUUAUUGCAAGUUAUUAAAAGCACACAAACCCCACACACAGUAGUGUGUAUGGCAUGUCACACCAGCAGUUAUUGGAUGGUGAAGAAUGGGGACAUUAAUAAAUGUAACACUGUGCUAUGGUUUACAUAACCUUCAACACCAAGCAUCAGAUUACCUUCAGUAUCCUUCAUAUUGACCACGAAGUAAAAGGAUUUCCCCAAUGCGGUUAUUUGAAUUGCAUUUCAUGUUGUAGUCCACUUCCCCCCCCCCCCCAAUUGCACUAAGCAAUGUGUUCCUUAACCCUUGUGUUAUCUUCGGGUCAUUCUGACCCAUCAGUCAUUGUGACCCACCGUCGUAUUGCGACAGAUUUACUGCAUACAAAGACAAAGUGAAGCAUUUUCUUUUAACAGCUAGGCUGUCUCAGACCCCCCACAUUGCAAAGGUUAAAAGAAAAUUAUUUUAAUUUGUUUUUGUAUUGGGUAAAAUUGGGUAAACACAACGAUGGUUCAUUAUGAACCUUUGGGUCAUGUGACCCGAAGGCAGCACGAGGGUUAAUUAAAGUGUUCUUCCCAGAACUACAAAUACCAUAGGAAUCAUACCAUCCCCAGGAAUCAUUCUAGUGACAAUCCCCUAUCACCCUUUGUAGAUUCAUUCAAGUUUCCUUUUUUGUUUUCUAAUCAAACAUGGCACCUGACAGAAAGCGUAUGUGUUGCUUGCCCACUGAAUAGCAAUUUUACAAUGUAAAACACCUUGUAUUUGUCCUCCCCCUGUAUGUCUACUUCCUGUACUGUAGAAUAAGACAGCAAUAAACUUACACACAAUCACACCAUG